GACAGAGAGAGAAAGAAUCACAGAUCAGGACAGCAGGAGGAGAGACGAGACGAGACAGGCCAAACACACCGAAUCAUGGCCACAGUAGACACACAGAGUCCGCAGCACAUCCAUCCGUCCGAUCCCCGCGCUCCGAGCCUCACGUCACGGAUCACCGGCACCGCAACCGAGCUGACUGACACCACGGCGGAUCCGAGGCCAGAAUGAGGGUGAUUUACGUCCAGAACGCCGGCGUGGUCGCUGCUUUCUCGCCCGAGAUUUUCUGCGGUAGAUUGAAACAAAGGAAUAACGGAGAAAUCAUGACCGAACGCGCCACGGGAAAGAGAACACGUCAUAACGGAGUAGGAUACGUCAUAAUGGAAUAGAACGCGUCAUAAUAGAAUAGCGCACAAUAGAAUACGUCGUCGUUCUAAUUGUGAAUGAUACAUUGUAGCAGUUUAUUAAGUGUCACAUGGCACGUGUUUAUUAGUUUUCUUUUUUAACGAUAUGCCUUUUAGUCCGAUUAUAUCCCCGUUUCAUAAUUAGACCGCGGGAUUAUUAUUUUUCUUCUUCUUUUAGAUAUAGCCGGCUAUAGGUAGGAUAGAUAGACACCUCAUUAAAAUAUGAGUCAAUAUUGACAAUCAUAAAUAAGUUAAUCUAAUUAAACAUUUUACAUUGUAAUUUAUUUAUUUAUUUAAUAUGCUAAUUAGCUAUACAAAUUAGGUGUUGUAUUAUCAAUAUUUCAAAGCAUUUAGUGGAGAUAUUUAAACAUAGAGGGGGGGUUUAAAUAUCAUCCUCCCGCAUGAUGGAGACACAGAGGCCAGGUGACCCGUCGGGCCCCUCAGUGGUGCAUGUGGCGGAGGCCCCUGGGGGCCCCGGCGAGGUCAAGCGCAGCAACUCUGGUGUGAAGAAACAUCAUCACAAACACAACCUAAAGCAUCGAUAUGAGCUGCUGGAGACCCUGGGGAGAGGAACUUAUGGCAAAGUCAGGAAGGCCAUUGAACGCCAUUCUGGAAGAGAGGUUGCCAUCAAGUCUAUAAGGAAGGAGAAGAUCAAAGAUGAACAGGACAUGGUUCACAUUCGACGAGAAAUCGAGAUCAUGUCGUCUCUUCGCCACCCACAUAUCAUCUCUAUAUAUGAAGUGUUUGAGAACAAGGACAAGAUAGUGAUCGUCAUGGAGUACGCCAGUAAAGGUGAACUCUAUGACUAUAUCAGCGAACGCCGUCGGCUGACUGAGAGAGAAACCCGACACUUCUUCAGGCAGAUUGUCUCUGCUGUGCACUACUGCCACAAGAAUGGUGUUGUUCACCGAGAUCUGAAACUGGAAAAUGUGCUACUGGAUGAAAACUGUAACAUAAAGAUUGCUGAUUUUGGGUUGUCCAAUCUGUAUCAUAAAGACAAGCUCCUCCAGACCUUCUGUGGUAGCCCACUGUAUGCGUCCCCAGAGAUCGUCAAUGGCAGACCAUAUCGUGGUCCAGAGGUGGACAGCUGGGCUCUGGGAGUGUUGCUGUAUACGCUGGUCUAUGGCAGUAUGCCAUUUGAUGGAGGGGACCACAAAAAUCUUAUUCGGCAAAUCAGCAAUGGAGAGUAUCGAGAACCAUCCCAGUCAUCAGAUGCUCGUGGUCUGAUCCGCUGGAUGUUGAUGGUCAACCCUGAGAGGCGUGCCACAGUGGAAGACAUUGCCAAUCAUUGGUGGGUAAACUGGGGAUGGAAGAACAGUGUGUGUGAUUGUGAAUCGCAAAGGGAUAAUGGUUCACCUAUGCUGGCUCGUCUCAUCGACUGGCAGAACCGGUCUGAGCCUCGACCCACUAAAGCCAUACGGUCCGAACCAUUCCUGCUUGUCCGUCAACGGCCCAAAAAGUCCAAGAAGGAGAAUGAUGUUGGUGUGUCCCACUGUAAUGGAGAGGACAGCCUGGGCCUCAAGAGACCAAAGGGCAUCCUGAAGACAAGAACCUCUGAAGACCAACGUUCUCCAAGUUUGGAGGAGAUUGAGUCUGGUGCUGGAACCCCAGAGAAGGAAUCUGGACCUGAUGGUGAAGAUGGUGAGGAGGAACAGGGGGACUCUCCAUCAAAGUCUGUCUCAAUCCUACCUAAGAAGGGAAUCCUAAAAAACAACCAACAACGGGAAUCAGGGUACUAUUCUUCCCCAGAACGCAGCGAGUCCUCUGAUUUGUUAGGUGCCAACAUCACACCUCUUGCCGCAAGCUCACCACCAAAGCGAGCUGUUGGUAGAAAGGGCAUCUUGAAGCGCAACGGAAAGUAUUCCACAUACAGUGGUGCUCCUCCGUUGAGUGUCCUUGGGGAACCAGCACCUUCAGAUUCGGGUUUAUCCCGCAGUCAGAGUCGUCCAUCUAGUAUCGUAAGGGAGGAUAGCGACACCAUCACUACUUCCUUCUGCAGCACUGAUUGGCCCCCACCCAGAACGCGCCCCAACAUCAGAAGCUGUCUGUCUGCAGAAAACCUUCUCCAGCUGGCCAACUUUAAAGGCCUCCAGGCAGCUCCUCCCAUGCAUAGUGGAAAAUUCAGCCGAGACGCACAGGGCUCUCCGGGGGAUAACAGCAGCUUCUCUUUGUUAGGAGAUCUUGAUGAUAUGACUCAGGUGUACCAACAAGCCCUGGAUAUCAGCAACAACCUGUCAUAGGGAUAAGGGGCCAUUUAAGAGGGGCCAAGAAAGAAAGAAGGGGGAGCAGAUGGAUGGUGUUUGUUUGGCAUGUUGUUGACGACCAGUGCAAAACUGGGAUUCUAGGAAUAUGAGUCCUUUUUUCAUUGGGAUGAUAUUGGAGGUUGUACACAACCAAACCUUAACCCUAACAUUUAACCCUUAAACCUGAUCCUUCCUUACCUUAACCCUUUCCUUAAUCUCAUACACAGAGUAUCAAAUAUAACUUGGGAAACUACAGCCUUGGGGAAUAUAAGGGUUUGAAGUAAGUAAAUUUGAAGUUGGUACUCUGGGACAUUAUUCCCCAAUAGGCAAGAAAUUAAAUAAAAUGUUUACAUAUUAAGUAAAAAGUGAGAUAGCAUCACAGUAAGGCAUCAUAUAACGGCAGCCUUGAUGAAACAAAAAUAAGAGCCAACCUGAGUUUAUCAAGCACCUUAAAACUCUUACAGAGCACAUGUCGUUUUUGUGGUCUUUACUUCCAAAAAAAGAAACCAGGGUCUUGCUCCAAAUGAACUGUUGUUGUGUAUUAUUUAUUAAUAUUUUUUGGUAGACUUAGUGAUACAAAACUGGUGUGGUCUGGCAGUACUGGAAGAAUAAGAAAUCUCUCGUUGUCCUUGAUUGGAACUGACAUAUAUAAUUGUUAGUUUUCUUUAUAUGUCAUUUAAAGAGCAUAUGUAAGAUCAAACUCUUAUUGAUCCUAUAAGUAGAGUCAUAUGUAUGGAAUUAUAGAAGUGCCUUUUUGUUUCUUUGUUUUUUUGUAAUUCAUAUCUAAUUAUGUAUGUCAUUUCCUCGAGGUAGAGAGAGAUGACGGAGGAAGCUGUCAUCAGAUGAACAGCAUUUUAUUAUUUUUUAUUUUAUUAUUUUAUUUUUGAGUUAGUAUUGAAUGCUUAGAAGAGGCCCAGGACCUCUAAGCGCAAAGCCUACCCUAUAGGACUACAACCUGCCCCACUACUGAUGGCAGAUCAGUAUUUUACAGUGUGUUAUUCAAAACGAAGAAUCGCCCAUCUGUGAUCACCUCAAAAGGGAGUUGUUGUUUUUUUUCAAAACCUGUUGGGUAAUUCAAGGUUCCAGCAUGCUAAAUUGGUUGUUUUUGAUUGAGUCCUGACAGGAACAUGUGUGCAUGUGCCAUAUGUUUCUCUGGAAUGCUACUCUUGUGGUUUCUUGAGUAGGUUAGGUGACUGUUUAGGGUUUCUGGACACCUUCACCUUAACAAGGUCUAACACAAGGUAGAAAUGUCAGACACAAUCUCAGCUCCAAAGAAUGUUUUAGGCGGAGACAAGCUUGUUAGACUGUUUUCAAAGCCAUUCGACUGUAGGAACAUUGUCUGCUGGUGUUUAUAUGUUGAUACUUGGGGAUUAUAAUUGCUUUGCUUUAAGAAUACUGGAUUAUUGGUUCUCUGUUGAACUUUGAUGCCCAAAACACUCCUGUUAGAAAACAAGUAGAGCGAUUAGCUUCAAAGCAGUGAUGAGGCAGCAAAUUCCAAAGGCUCUUUUAGAGGCAUGUUUGGACUAGAUCUUAACAUCGUGACCCAGAGAUCUUGCCUGUGUCGUAAGUUUAACAGGACAGAUGCUUUAUUGUUUCAGAAUCUUUAGUCCUUUGUUUAUCAACAUGCAGAAUUUCAAAGGAAUGAAAGUGCAAUUUUAGUUUAAGCUGUUGUCUUAAAGUCUUUUUAGAAGGUAAGUGUGAAGUAGCUGAAGGAGAAGUAGGAGAGAGGUAUUUACUAAGGUAUGUUCGUGAAAGCUUUUAUGGAUGGAGGACGCUUUUCCAGUAAGAGGGGCAUGUGGAAUUGUUGACUGGAAAGGGUGAGGUAGCUUUUUAUUUUGCUGCAUGUUCAGAAAGACUAGUGCAAGUGUAGAAAUAGUGAGAUAAAGAAAGUAGAUGAAAGGAUAAGGGAAGUAUUUUGUACCAAAGAAGGUGUUUAUGGACGCUCGUCAUGAUUUUGCCAACUAUGAUCCUGGAUUAACAUCUAUAUUGAUCCUGGAACAUAAUUUUUGUUGGAAAAUGUAAUCUAUACCUGUUCCUUACCCCUAAUCCCAACCAUAACGGUAAACUAUUGCCGAAUUCAGAGGGGAAUAAUAAUAUAACAAUCAUGUAGAAAUGCAUAAACCUAACCAUAAGCCUAAGCUUAACAUAAGCAGUAAACGUAUCUCUUAAUUCUGAUUGGAAUGUUGUUCCAGCAACGUAGAUGUUAAUCCACUAUGGACACUAUGUCAGAUAUUAAAGGAGAGUAUGCUAAACCAUUAGAAAAAUUAUGACCAUUAAGUCAUGACAGCAUGUUUUAUUGUUAAUUUAACUUAAUAAAUUAAGUUAAUAAUGUUUAAACUUAUUUUUGUAAACUCAUACCAGCUGUUUUAAGAUGAUUUGAUUUGAUUCAACUUAAAAAAAAAACUGGUUGGCUUAAAUUUUUUAUGUUGUAUCAGCAGUAAUGGACAAAUUUCAACUGAAAAAAAAAAAUCACAGGAGCAUUGUGUUCAAAGGAGGUCCUGGGCAGACAUAAUAGACACACCUAAUGUGUAUCGUAUCAUACUGCAUUUCUGUAUUGCAUUGUAUUGUCAACUGGAUUCAGUGAUCAAAUUAUACUAUGUUAGUAUUUUUAUGUUAUUGCGCUUUUGUUUUUGAUUCUCCAAAAUACUGUUAUUAUUGAUUUACUAUACAGAAGAACGUUGUGCGUAUAAUCUCUCAUGAUCUUUACAGGUUUUCAGUGCAAACAUGCUAAUGUCUAGCAUUGGCAUAAAGAGAUCAAUCACAACUACUGCAGUUUCGUCAGGGUCAUUUGAUGCGUGAACCGAAAUCUCAAAAGCCGCCUCACAGAUCUGACCCAAUAUUUGGUGUCACGAUAUUCACAAUCAACCUUAUUUGUCUAAGGACAAAGUUGAGCAUCCACCCAAAUGUGCCAUUGCUAACCAUAGUGCCAUCAACACUGAGAUUAACAGAGGCAACAUGCUUUUGCGACAUGCAAAUGCAAACAUGCUUUCAGCCAAACUGGAAAUACCUGGUGCAUAUUAGUCCAAAUUAGCGGAAAACUUGACUGGAUAUUGUUUAUUGACAGUACUGAAAUGGUAGUAUUAUUAUGUUAUUUAUGCAUUAUUUUAUUAUGGUUAAUUACUUUUUGUUUUGGUUAAUGCCAUAAUCUUUUUUGGGGGUUUGGUAUCAGUUUGAAAGACCUGGACUGCCAAGGUGUUUUUCGUUCAGUGCCUUUGCUAUCUUUUGUUUAAUUUUUUAUAAUAAAAUUAUUACAAUUGCAUUUUUAUACUCUAUUUAUUGGUGGUGAAGCCAUUUCAUCUAACAGCACUCAUAUGAAGUGUGCAUGUGUGAGUGUGUUUAGAUGCAAACAAACACUGAAAGACAACUGGAAGAGCAAAAUAACAGAGAUGGUGCAUCGCGGUCAUGUGGUUGGCUGUGUUGUAAAGCUUUGGUUGUGUAUUCAGCUGCUUUGGUUGUUGUUUGGUAGAGAUAUCUCGCUAACCAGCAGUGUUUUGUACCACAAAACCAAAUCUGUAUAAAACCAACUCAAUAAACUGAUUUCAAAGCAACUGAUA